AUGGCAGCACCAAAAGACCAGCGGAUCGCGGUUCCCGUCGACGACCCUAAUGCCGACACAGAAUGGAACGACAUCCUUCGCAAGCACGGCAUCAUCCCCGAAAAGCCUCCCUCCCCGACACCCCUGAUCGAGGAAGCCAUCCUUGAAGCGCGGCGGCUGGCGCACGAGAACAGGCUAGAAGGCAAAGACCUCUCGGACCUGUCCGACCUGGAAGACGAGGAGGAUGAGGCGUUCCUGGAGCAGUACCGGCAGCAACGGCUGCGGGAGCUGUCGGCCCUGCAAAAGAAAUCGGUCCACGGCUCCGUCUACCCCAUCAGCAAGCCGGAGUACUCGCGCGAGGUGACGGAAGCCUCGCAACAGGGGCCCGUGCUCGUCAACCUGACCUCGGCGCAGGGCAGCAACGUCGAGUCGCGCGUGCUGUCCCAGCUGUGGCGCCAGGCCGCCCAGGAGUACGGCGACGUCAAGUUUUGCGAGAUGCGCGCCGACAAGGCUAUUGAGGGCUACCCGGAGCGCAACUGCCCCACAAUCCUGGUCUACAACAAGGGGGAUAUUGUUAAGCAAAUCGUCACCCUCGCGACCAUGCACGGGGUCAAGACGAGUAUGCUAGAUAUCGAUAACCUACUGGUCGAGGUGGGCGCGGUAAAGGAGAACGAUAUGCGGGUGCUCAAGCGGAGGAGGGACGCGGAGGAAGCAGAAGAGGAAGGGAAUACCAGUAGAGGAGGGAUCAAGAGCAGUUCCGACAGGGCCAAACGCGAAGAUGACGAUGAUGAUUGGGACUGA